AUGGAUCCUUCAGCACCCAAGACGGUAGGAAAAGGCGUCGCAGGCAACAUGCGAGUUCCUACCGUCUGCGGUGCAACCGCUGCCCUAUACGGCGUACUCGGAGGGCACCCUCCAGCAAGGCUGGCCCUGUUCUCAGCUGUAAACGGUGGUCUGGCCGCUGCCACUUUCUUCAGCAUACGGGAAUACAUUGUUGGCCCUGUGCUAACACUAACACAUGUCGGGAACCACCACACUCGCAGAAAGGAGUCAGAGAGUGCUGUUGAUGGCUUUACCGGAACAGAACCGGCAUUAUCCUGGAGUCAUAUCCGCACAUCUCGCCUGUUGGACUCUGCAAUCAGUGGUGGGAUCGCAGGAGGGGUCCUCAACGCAUGGAAACGUGGUAAAGUUGGGUUGGUGCCGGGUCUUGGGACUGGUGCACUACUAUGCACGCUACUGCAAUGGGGCGUGAACGAACUCCACAUCUUUCGUAUACGCCAUGUUUACCGCACCACAACGACGUCGCUGCCCGUGAUCGGGGACAAAAGCGAUACCCAUCAGGAAGCAGAGUCAUGGGGCGACCGCAUACUAUCCGCGUUCGGCCGACGGGUAUCAAAUGAUGAUUACCUGAAGCGACUGAAAACCGAGCGGGACACCUACCUACGCCGGAUAGAAGAGUUGGAGAGAGAACUUCAGGAGAAGCCAAGAUAA